CUCUAACCCUACUGGCUCCUUCUCUCUCAUGAAACUUUGUGGGAGAGUCAUCUUUGAUGGUUGCAACUUCAUGGAUUGGAUCCGGAACAUCAGGAUGGUUACUCGUUACGAGGACAAGGAAUAUGUCCUCGAUAAGGAGCUAAAGGAGCUUGAUGAGUCUACUGCUACUCCUGAGGAGAUCGUUGAAUUCAGGACGCAUGAGAGAGAUGCCACUAAGGUGGCAUGCAUCAUGAUGGCCACGAUCACAGCCGAGCUCUAAAAGUCCUAUGAGGACUAUUACCCUUUUGAGAUGCACCAGCACUUGAUGGAAAGGUACCAUCAGAGUGCUCGUCAAGAGAGGUAUGAAAUAAUCUCCUCCAUGAUAACAACCCGAAUGAAGGAUGGUGAACCCAUCACGCGCCACAUGCAGAAAAUGCAAAGGAAUGUGGACCGUUUGUAGAAAUUGAAUGUGAACUUCCCUGAGGAGUUGGCAAUUGACAUCAUAUUGCACUCCCUACCCUCGUGUUAUGAUCAAUUCCGCAUGACAUACCACAUGAACAAGGAGGAAGUUACACUCAGCAAGCUUCAGGGACUUCUGAAGACCGCCGAAAGUGGUCUUAAAGGUAAGUCGGUUGUUACCACUCCUACUCCUACAGCUACCCCUGUUUUGGCUAUCGGGCAAGGAAAAGGAAAGAAGAGGAAGACCCCUUCGAAGGGUACCAAGGAAAAGUCUCUUGAAGGCUCCUCAUUUGGAACCAAAAGUGUUUAUGUCACUCCUUCUGCCAUCCCUAAGGAUGUUGAUUGCUUCUACUGUCAGAAUGAGGGGCACUGGAAGCGAAACUGCCCUAAGUACUUACAGGAUGUCAAGGAUGGGAAAGUGAAACCAUCCCAUGCAGGGCCUAAGAAGAAGUGAGGAUGUGGAGCACGGGAAGAUAAACCUGAUCAUGGGGAAUAGGAAGGCUUCACCUGUUUCCAAGAUUGGAGUUUAUACUUUGUUGCUAAGUAGUGGGUUAAAGUUAGAUUUGAAUAAAUGUGUGUACUCGUCAGAAAUGGCGAGAACUAUUAUUUCCUUUCAUGCUUUGUACAAACAAGGGUUUACCUUUUCUUUUGAUAAUGAAUGUGGUGGAAU